GCGGGCCAGAGACCGGCGACCCCAUAAGGAGCGGGGUGGGGGCAGGCAGGGGCCGGGCACAGAUGCGGGACAGCGCUGCCCAGGGGAUGGGGAGCCCGUGUUGCCCGGCGUUUUCCCCGGGGGCCGUGGUGAGCGGGGGGCCGGAGCCAGGCGAGAAGGGGCUGGUGUAUCAAGAGACGCCUGAGCUCUUGCAGGGGGUGAAGCCGGUGCCUGGGUCAGUGGAAGCCGAGACCCCCAAUGGGCCUGCCCCCCGGGGGCCCCCCGAGGUGCGCCUGUCCCUGCGCCGCUGGGCCGUGGUGCUGCUGUUCAGCUGCUACUCGCUCUGCAAUGCCUUCCAGUGGAUCCAGUACGGCAGCAUCAACAACAUCUUCGUGCACUUCUACGGCGUGAGCACCUUCGACAUAGACUGGCUCUCCAUGUGCUACAUGCUCACCUACAUCCCGCUUCUUUUCCCUGUGGCCUGGCUGCUGGACAAGAGGGGCCUGCGCCUCAUCGCCCUCGCCGGUUCAGCCUUCAACUGUCUAGGUGCCUGGGUGAAGCUGGGCAGCAUGAAGCCGCACCUCUUCCCUGUCACCGUCCUAGGGCAAGUCAUCUGCUCAGUGGCACAGGUCUUCAUUCUGGGCAUGCCCUCGCGCAUCGCCUCCGUCUGGUUUGGGUCCCAUGAGGUCUCUACUGCCUGCUCCAUCGCUGUCUUUGGGAACCAGCUUGGAAUUGCAGUGGGCUUUGUUCUCCCUCCCGUUCUGGUUCCCAACUUGGAGGACACAGAACAGCUGGCCUACCACAUCAGCAUCAUGUUCUUCAUCACUGCAGCCGUGGCAACGGUGCUCUUCAUCCUUGUCAUCAUUGUGUUCCAGGAGAAGCCCCUGUUUCCCCCAAGCCGGGCCCAGGCCUUGAUCCAGUUGAAGCCACCUGAGGAAUAUUCCUACGUGCAGUCCAUCCUCAGGCUGCUCCGCAAUACCAAUUUCGUCCUGUUGAUAGUCGCUUAUGGUUUGAACACUGGUUGCUUCUACGCCCUGUCCACUCUGCUGAACCGCAUGGUGAUCCAGCACUAUCCAGGGGAGGAGGUGAAUGCUGGAAGAAUUGGACUCACCAUUGUAGUGUCUGGCAUGGCUGGAGCUCUACUCUCUGGCAUCUGGUUGGAUAAAACCAAAACCUACAAGAAGACAACGCUGGUGGUUUACAUCAUGUCUCUGGGGGGUUUGGUAGCCUAUACCUUCACCCUGAGCCUAGGCCACCUCUGGGUGGUCUUUGUGACCGCAGGCGUGCUGGGAUUCUUCAUGACCGGGUACCUACCGCUGGGUUUUGAGUUUGCGGCAGAGUUAACCUACCCAGAGUCAGAAGGAACGUCUUCAGGCCUACUUAAUGUAUCGGCACAGGUUUUCGGGAUCAUUUUCACCAUUGCCCAAGGGAAGAUCAUCGAUCGCUUUGGGACGCAGGCGGGAAACCUCUUUCUUUGCUCCUUCCUACUCCUGGGGACUUUCAUAACUGUGUUCAUUAAGGCCGAUCUCCGGAGACAGCGGGCCAAUAUGGACGGUGAACAGACAAAAGCGCUGGAAGAGGUGCCUGGGGACAGCCUUGCUCCUGUGGUCCUUGAUGAAUCAAAGCUGUGAAGGGGCGGGGUGGCAGAGCUGGGAGAGACUGCCUACCACACCCCCCUUCCCAUCUUUGUCACUUGCAGUAUCCUUCUGGUACCCACACAGCAUGGCAUUGGGGGCAGCAUCAGGGCUGGAGUCCAGAAAGCUGCUCAUGGAGCCAUCGGAAGGAACAGAUCAGCCAGGGUUUCUCUCAUCAGUCUGCUUUCACCUCUGUGUCCUGCUGUGGGAGAACCUAUUGCUCAGCAGGAAAGCUUCAUGGAGCCACAAGCCCCAAAUCUGUCUGCUUGGGGCUCAGAGGAGCAGGGGCUGUGAGUCCAACGCAGCACUCAGUAUUUGGAGCCCACAGUGGCAUUCUUCAAGUGGCCCUCAUCUCCCCUUCCAGAGAAGUGUAUGAUGGGUGGCCAAGUGCAUCCUUUGAAGGAACCUCUUGGUGGAGAGAGAACUAGACAGCACUUGCUUUGUGACCAGCCCUCCUCUGAGUUGUGACCCUUGCUUUGAAAGUGAUGGGUCUGCCCUGUAUUCAUAGUGACUGGAGCAGGUGGUUCACCUGGCCCUAGUGUGGGGGUGAUGGCUCAGGCCCCCACGCUUCCCCAGGCUCUGCAAAGUGCAUGACAACUGUGGUCAGUUCCCAUUUUUGUACAGGGACCUCCUAGCCCAGCAGAUUUUUAGUCUGUGGACUAAUGUGAUUUUCUAUUUUAAUCAAACUUCCCUGAUGGUUUUUGAAAUUUUGUAGAGUAAAAAAUUGUAAGAGGACUGGGGAAAUACUAAUACGUGCCCUCGACAGAGCCCAACUGUCAGUCACAAGGCCUGGUGCUGGGGCAUGUGUUCAAAGUGCACCAGGGUCUAGCCCCCCUUAUACUUGACACCAGCCUUCAGGGCUACUGUGACAACACUACUGAGUUAGACUGUGAGCUCCUUUGGCCAGGGACCACGUCCCCUUCCUUGGCUGGAAAGCACUUUACACAAGCACAAGGUUGGUGCUAUAAAAAUAAUACACAUUUUAUAGGAGCCCUCUGCUGGUACAGACAGGAGGAAUUGUGCUCCCGCUUCCCCUCCUCUCACCCAACUAGCUGUAGGAGGCAGGCUAAGGUUGCUCUAGCACAGGGCAUCCCAAACUUUUUUUCAUAACAAGGAACCACAUCACCUGAGUAUUUUAUGGAUACUCCCCUCCCACUCACCAUCAGCCCCACCAUUUGCUGUUGCCUGCUCCUCCACUCAUGAGCACUGACCUCAUCUCUCUUCCCAGCUGCAAUCAUGUAGUUUGCCUCCCUUUUAUUAUCAAUGCCCCCCUCUCCUCAUUGAGUGAGAGCCACCUAUCAAUUCUAGCAGUCACAUUGAAAAGAUUAGGAAAACAGUGAUAAGUAUUUUGAAGUGUCCUGAAAAAGUUAAUCAUGCUUGCUGCCUUUGCUCUCCAUUUUAUCUCCCCUCCCAUCUGUUUUGUUCCUCUGCCCCUUCCCCCCCCAACUGCAUGUUUCCUAGCCACCUAGUCCUCCAGGUCCCCUGCUCCCCUGAAUAUAUUUUUGGGCAUCCUAUCUUGCUGGUGGCUGGCAGCUCAGGCCCCUGGCUUGGUGGAAGCAGUUCCUGUUUCCUCUCCUCAGUAGCUGAGGCCUCUAGAAGCAGCAAUUAGGCUGGCACCUCCUCAUGUCCAUCUACUUCUGCAGGCCUCCAGGUGCCUCUGUUCAAUAAAGAGCCUGGACACAAGGAGAGCUCUCAGCACAUGACUGGUCAUCUCUAAGGACCACUAGUAAAUGCUGUGCAGGCUCUAGUUUUGGAGCCAUUAGACUGAUGCUUGAUAAUGCAGAGUGUGCCCCUGGACCAGUAUUGUCUUCCCGCUAUCUCUAAGUGGCCUUCCUCCACUGGAUUUCUCUGAUUUAUUAUAAUACAAUUUUGGGGAUUGUGGGAGUGGCUCAGGCCUGUGUGAUCUCAAAAGGCCUUGGGAAAAUAUUCACUGGAUUCCUUGUAUUUUUAAAUAUAAUUUGUAUUUAAUAGCUG